CUACAAACAGGGACCUGGGGCGCGGAUAUAACGUAUGUAAUUAGAAUGCAAAAAAAAACUACAAAAACAAAAAAGAACCAACAAAAUAAAUAAAAGUGAGAUACAUGUUACAACAAGGUACAAAAGAAAAAUAAUACUGUAUAUAUCGUUUACACAAUUAGAUCAAAUUAAACUCAAACUACCUUUUACAGACCAUUCAAUUCUAACUAAAAGUAAAGAACGGUUUUAGAAAUAUCAUAUAAAAUAUCUCUUUAUACACAAGAAGCUCUAAAGACCUUCACAAGAAUAUAUAUAUAAUGCUAACAUGUACAAUAGAACUCGAUGUAAAGGCCUGAUACAGACCUCUAGAUCUGAUUGAGUAAAACCAUGCUAACAUGUGAUAUAACCACUUAUAUCGUUCAACACACCCUUGACAUAGGAGAAUUGUCAUUCCAAUGUCGUCAGACAAUGCCUGAAACUAUUAUCAAGUUUUGCAGGUAUAGGAUGUCGUCCUCCCGUCAUUUUAAUUACAGCUUGUAUCGGUUCAAUCGUUCCCUCCAUGUACACUGAUAGCAGCUACCUAAUUAAGAUCUAUGGCCACGAUAGGACCCUAGCUACGGGACAGCCGCAGCAAUAUCAAUUCUACUGGACACAGAAGUUCAAUUACUCCAAGUAUUAUACAUAAAGACAUGGUUUCAGCAGAUGUAUUUCAUUUCUUCCGAAGGAAACAGACUCGUCAGCCGUGUCACAACAAAUAAGCUUGCAUAUUGCGUGAACAACAUGGCUCAAAACACAAAGGAGUAAAUGUUUAGAGAUGUAUUAUUUUGAAUUGGAAACCGCAUAUUUAUAAAAACUUAAUAUGAACGAUUCAAGCCAAGACAGGGAAUUCUCCAAGGAGGCCUGGACGAUACCUUUGGUGACCAUGUACGGGCUUAUCUUCUUGACCUCCAUUAUUAUGAACUCUUUAGUGGUAGCAACGUUCUGUAAAUUCGAGUGUUUGCACUCAAUUCACGAUCGCCUAAUUUUCGCGUUAUCCGCUGUUAACAUGAUUCUUCUGCUGGGUAUGCCUUUCUACCUGAUGUAUUCAGUCGGUUACGUCUUUGUCAGACAUAACCAGUACUUCUGUCUCCUGAACUACGUUCUCCUCCACGGUGGAAUUGGUUGUUCGGUGUUUCUACAGCUAGGCUUGGCGCUGGACAGGUACAUGUGUAUAGUUUGGCCCUGGAAACACUCAAAGAUCAGGAAGCGAUAUGUCGCUUUAUACGUGGUCAUGUCGUAUGUGUUUGGAUUCGGGAUCAAUCUAAUGCCGGCGUUGGGGUGGAACAGCUGGUCUGAGUACCGUAAAUGUGUGUGGGAAAGUUUUCCUCAAGGACAUAAACUCUUUGUUAAAGCCACUAUGAUUGGAAUUCUAUUGCUCAACCUGACCUUUCAUCUGUACGUCCUCCGUGUGGCAAACCAACACUCCAGGAAAAUCCGCCGGCUUAUCCAGCGGGUUCGCCGCGAGCAUUGUGGGAAGAGGCGGGGAUGUGAGCACACCGCGGUCACCACCGUGGUACUCCUGUCUGUCAUCUCGACCUUCUCCUGGCUGCCCUAUUGGAUUGGAACGUUUCUUCUGCCGCCAAACACACUGGGAACAAUUGUAACCCUCCAGAUUCUGUACGCUGUCAUUAUUCUGAAUUCUGUUACCAGUCCUCUCUUGUUUGUAAUGCGGAAUCGGCACUUUAGGGACGCAUUGUGUAAAUUGCUGUUGUUUGUCCCGAAAGCUCAUCGCUGUAGCAGUUGAAAGCAUAUUAUACACUGCUAAAUCAGCGCCGAGACAAUAACUCAAUUAACCUUUUACCUCUUAAACUGUCAUACUAACAUAAUUGACAGCCAAUGAUAUAUUCUCGGUAUCUUUAUUUGAUAGCAAAUGCAAGAGUAAAGCACCUAAUGUAUACUUAGGUCAGAAAUUUGAAAUAGAAAAAUCUCCAAAAAAAUUAAUAUCUAGAUAUCUAAAAUAAUGAUUUAAAAUAAUAAAGAAAUCGUCCUUAACGAUGUAUAUACAGCAAUGUGUCGUUUUAAAUUUAAAAAAAUAAUGACUCAUGUGAUGCAUAUUUCUGUGCAUUCAAAGUGCAUGGUUUUUCUUCGCAUUCUUUUUUUAUAUUACGUAUGUAUGCCGACUUCGUUAGCUGGUCUGUUCCCUACAUUUUAGUCAAGAUUUACAAAGUAAUAAUGUCAAAAAUUAAAGCAAUUAUCCACAAUGAAAUUAUUGUUUAUUUGAUUAUCUAUUUAUUUAUUUUUAUUUAUUUAUUUAUUUAUUUUGCUAUAUAACAUUUGAAAGUUUCAAAACCAAAAUAAAGAGAUAGACUAAUUUCGACGUAGAUUUUUUUAUUAUUAUUUUGAUCGCGUUACUUGAAUGGCUUUAAACUGAAUUAUUUCUUGGGGACUCGGUUCUUUCAAACAUUUUUAGAAUUUUUUUGCCGAGUCUGUUGAAAAGAAACAAUAGUUUGAUAUCUUGUUUGUUCAUAUUUUUAAUAUGUUGUAAAGCAGUAAAUUGGAAUAUUUCCUUUUAAGUUUGUGAAUUCUAUUUAAAUAUUCCCUUUUAAGUUUGUGACCUCUAUAUACCAUUAACUGAUAAGCAUAAACUUUUUUUCUGUCUGUUUUCCUCAUUUAAGUUCUAUGUCGGCUUGAUAAAAUUCGGGCAAUUGAACUUAUGUGUACAUAUGUAAAAAUAAGUCAAUUUAUUAAAAUAUUCAAAACUGAGCACCGAUCUCCAUGCACAGUCAACAUAAUAAGUUUAUAUGUUUUCAAUUGUAUUUUUAUCACUAAGUAGCUUUUAGAUUUUUUUUAUGGUUAAUAAAAGA